AUGGCGACUCAUAGACACAUUUACAGUGUCUCACGCAAGAGGACAGUACCGUCCUACAGACCAUACUUACAAUGUCUAAUCAUUGCAGACACCUCUAUAGACCAAAGUACUUUUGAGUGUGAUGAUGAGUUCCUUAAUUUCCCGCCUUUUGAAAAGAUUGAAAAUGGAACUCUUAAUACUAACUUACUGAUCGAUGUAAUUGGUCAAGUGUUCAGUCUUCAUGAGAUCCAAACUGUCCAAGUUGCUGGGAAUGAUAAGAAGAAAGUUGAAUUUCGUUUAAUGGACAUCAAGGGUCAAAGCAUUGCAUGUUCUUUGUGGGGUAAAUAUGCAGAACAGCUUGAAGAGCAUCUCCAACAAACAAAUAAUCCUAAUAUGGUGUGCAUGAUCCGCUUUGCUAAAAUUGGGUUUUACAGAGGAGAUGUGCAGAUAACCAAUGCUUUUGAUUCAUCUCUUAUUUGUUUCGAUCCUGACUUACCCGAAUGUCUGGCUUUGGAAAACAAUAUGUCAAAUGAUGAGUUUGCUCUCGCUCUAACUGAUAAAAAGAACGAUAAGCGUCAGAUGAAGGAUCAAAUUGAUGAUUGGAAUGAUGUUGGUAUUAAACCUAUCUCUGAAAUCAUCAUGGCAACUCAGAUUGAAGAUCCAGAUAUUUUGCCUCAAGCUAUAACAGAUUUAGUUGGAAAAUCUAUUUGUUUUGGUCUGACUCUUGGCUCUGAAAAUGUUAAAAAUGGCUCAGACAUCUUUCUGGUUUCACAAGUAUGGUCUGGUGAUAAGAUUCUCCAAAUUGAGUCCAACUCUGAGCCGGUUACACAUGUUAGCUCUGCUUCAUCAAUUAUGUCCGGUGGAGAGGUUUCUUUAACAGAAAAAAGUGAAGCAAAUUCAUCAGAAGGUUCUUCAACCCCAUUUUCAAAGCGUAAGGAAAAAGAUCAAGUUGAUCAGACUUCAACUUCCAAAAAACUUUGCACCAAGGUGGUGAAGAUGGAGAAGAUUAAAGAUGACGAGCUGAAUGUUUAG